AUGGGCCUGAGCCAUUCUAAGUCUCACCCAAGGCUGACCAAGGUAGUACCUGUGCAAAACAAAGAGGAAGAGACUCCCUUGGCUGGCCCUGUGGACUUUGCAUUCACUCAGAAUCUGGAAGAAAACAGUUUAUACUCAUUUGCAAGACUGCAGGACCGGAAUAAAGCUUUAGAAGGGCAGCUGCCACCUCUACGAGAGACCUGGUAUGGAAGAUAUUCUGAAGGGCCAAGGGCCAUGUAUUUUGACUUCCCACUGGAACAGCAAGAAACAAGUAUUAUUAAAAGGCAUCCACCCCGAAGACUUCAAAAACUUGAACCCAUUGACCUGCCACAAGUAAUUACUUCUGAAAGGCUCCUGAACCAGCAAGAAGCCAGGAGGACUCGCAAAGCAAAGCAGGAACUGGAAAAGAAGAUGCAGACUCUAAUGUAUCCUUCUGGGAAAAGACAAUAUUUACAUAAGAUGCAAAUGCUGGAAAUGAACCGGAAAAGACAAGAGGCCCAAGCUGAACUGAAGGAAAGUCUUCACAAGGAGGCAAGAACUAAUAAGCAGAAACAGAGGGACCAUAAAGCCAAGAAAAUCCUUCAAAGCAUCCCAAGAAAUGAUGGUGGUGACUUUCUAACCUUGUUGCCUGAUGAAACCUUGAACAGAAGUCUAGGAAAUACACAGAAUGCGGAAUUUCUGGAACAUCAAGCAAGGAAUGACCACUGUCCCAGGAAAAUUGGCAAAAUGGAAAUAUGGCUCCGUGAACAGGAGGCCCGUGGAGAGCUUCUCUGGGACAGCUCCAGCUCUGACUCAGAUGAGUCGGGGAAAGUAGAGGGAAAAAAAAGAGCACUGGUGAGGACCAGGACAGAAAGAAUCCAACAUUUUGAUGAGUUUUUUGAUUAA